AUGGGCGAAUUCCUGUCGCUAUCGUCGCUCCGGGCUCCUUCUCGCCGCCGACUUUGCUUCACUUGCGCAUGUUCGAAGAGGCCCGUGAUGCUCUCGAGCGUGCCGCUUCAGGCCGCUUCGCCGUGGUUGGAGGUUACUUGUCGCCAGUCCAUGACUCCUAUGGCAAAGCUGGGCCCCCAGGUAACACUGGCGCCCUCGCAUCACCGCCUGAAGAUGGUGGAAGCUGCAGUUUCAGAUUCUGACUGGCUGAUGGCAGAUGGUUGGGAAUGCUCGUGCCAACAUACGUGGACUCCAACUGUGGAUGUCAUAUCCCAUUUUGCCGCCGAGCUUGCGAAGGUCAAGGUGUCUGUCGGCAAUUCCCGGAAACGGGCUGGCAACAUUCGGCUGGUAAUGCUGUGUGGUGGGGAUGUGCUUGAGUCCUUCAAUGCGACCAAAGAGAACGGCGACCGGGUAUGGCCAGAUGACGAGCUAGAGGUCAUUCUUGGACAGCAUGGCGUGGUGGUUGUUGGGCGGGAUGAUCAAGAUCUAGAUGCCUUUGUACAGCAGUGUCCACUGCUGGCUCGAUAUGCAGACAACAUCACCAUAGCGCAACCCCGGAUUCGCACAGGCAUCAGCUCCUCAGCCGUGCGGGCGCACUUAGCAGCUGGGGAAAGCAUUCGCUACCUCGUGCACGACAAGGUCUGGAGGUACAUCUUUCGGCACAGACUGAACGAGCUGCCUAACUGGCAGUGA